AACUCUGAUAAAAUUUUCUGUGGUCACCAGGAGAAACUGUUGGAUCUGGGUCCAGGAACAGAAUCGAUAAGCAACUGUUUACAUUCUUUAAUUGUGCGCUUUGGAUAACGGCAUGAGAAUUGAUGCUUCAUAGAGGAGGAAGAAAAACAUCAGCAUGGGGUAUGAGGUUGUAGGCACCUGGAGACAGUUCUUCCAUUGGGGUCCUUUAUUGGCACUGGGAGUCAUUUUUACCAUCAGUUGGGUGACAAUACGAUGUGACCUCAUGUGGUGGCCUCCACACCUCAGCAUUGGAGGCUUCAUCAACUUUUUAUUGUUUGUCACAUGGGUGGCACUUACUUUGUACAAUUAUUUUGCUGCAUGCAUGAAAGGACCAGGAUUUAUCCCACUCGAGUGGAAACCGAGAAAUCCUGAUCAUAUGAGGUAUUUACAGUUUUGUGAAUGUUGCCAAGGCUACAAAGCGCCACGAUCUCAUCAUUGUAGAAAAUGUGGGAGGUGUGUGAUGAAAAUGGAUCACCACUGUCCUUGGAUCAACACCUGCUGUGGUCACUUCAACCAUGGGAAUUUCUGCUGGUUCUUGCUGUUUGCGCCAAUUGGCUGUAUUCAUGCCAUAGUCAUCCUUGCUCCUUCAAUAUAUCGUGCUCUGAAUUUUCAUCAUUAUUACUACUACAAGAGGGAUGAGCCUCUUGUUUACCUGGGAGUGUGGGGCUUUGUGGUCACAAUGUUUGGUGUAGGACUUGCCAUUGGGGUCAUCAUAGCAGUCGGAAUGCUCUUCUAUAUCCAGAUUAAAAGUGUUCUAAAAAACGAGACAGGCAUAGAGGGAUGGAUUAUUGAGAAGGCAUUAGACCGCAUUAGAGAUGAUGAGGAAGGAGAAUUUGUUUACCCGUAUGAUUUAGGAUGGAAAGAGAACUUCAAGCAGGUGUUCCGGUGGAGUGGUAGACCGAAGUCGAAUGGCUUCACCUGGGAUGUGGUGCAGGAUUGCCAUCAGUACACCUUAACUGUGGAGCAGCUAAUCCAGAAACAAGACAAGCGAGACAGAACGAUCGAGUUUGUAAUCACAGAGAACUACUCCGGUGCCCUGUGUCCUGUCUCUAAAGGCCUUCGUAUUGGCUGCUGUGUGCCUUGUACUGACGAGCCCAGAAUAAAAGUGGAGGAGGGGGACAAAGUCUUGGUGACCAGAUGGAAAAAGCGAUGGCUUUAUGGAACAAAAGUCCUGAGUGGCCCUGUGGUUGGUGCAGAUGCAGCAGGCAAGAGGAUAAGAGGAUGGUUCCCACGGAGAUGUGCUGUGGAGAUAAUAGACGACAACAUGAACGACAAAAAGGACUCGUAGAAUUACGCUGUAGUUGCGACAAUUUACACUGCCUGAUGUGUUUGUGUGAAGUUGUAAGGGUGAAGAAGAAUACUGUGUAAUUUGUCAACGUUAUUGGUCCCCCUUUCAAAAGACUUCACUUCUGAAGAUAUUCUAUGUUGUCUAUUAUUAUAAAUUAUAAUGUGGAAGUUUAUAAUUUGUUUGUAUGGUAUCAAGUCAUAUAUUAUGCUUGUGUUUAUAGGUUGACUGUUUAUGACUUUGCCUCCUGCUCCACAUUCCUAGUAAUGUACUCACGGGCAAAGUGAGCCAUCGAUAGGGAGCAAAAUGGUAAAAACUGUUGCAAGCAGUCGCAGGAAUUGUGUGGAGUUUUAUUUUAAAAGACAGCAUAUCCAGUUUCCUAAAAUGUUCAGGAGAGGCCAAAAAUAACCCACAUCAUUACCUCUUAUGGACCAAUUGCUUUGAGUAACUUCAAAACAAUUUCACUCCUUAUUUAUUAAGGUAUCAAUACCAGACUAAGUCAGAAAUGCGUGCCGUGUUUUAAACUAUCAGGUGAAAUCGAUAGCUUAGUUUCGCCUAAAACGGGAUAUACUGUCUUUUAAAAUAAAACUCCAGUGGUUUCUCUGCAACUGCACAAUGAUCGACCACUUAUGGAAUUAUACUUUUCACUCAGACUAAGAUUUAUACAAGUGUUUGGCUAAAUGAUAUAUUUGUGACUAUGAUCAGCUGUUCUUACUGCUGUUGUUUGUUUUUUUUACCAAGACAACUUUCAUUUCAUGCCACCUCCAUUAGAAACUAACUCCUAUUUAUCUAGUGUCCUAAAUCAGGUGAUCUGCUAUUUAAUGCUAAAGAUACUUUUUUUUCUUACAUUUCUCUGGUUUCAUUUAUUUUGUAGGCUCUUUUUUUUAAAUAUCAUGUUCUUAAAAAUUACUGCUUGACAUAUAUGUGCUGCUGUGCGCAUUGUAAACAUUAAGCAUUUAUCAGGGAAGAGAAGUAUGGCAUCUGCUGCAUUUUUUUGUACUUUACACAGAUUUUUUAAAUUGUUCUCUUUCUGGUUGUCUUUCAUGAUAAUAGGAUGAAAGGAAUGGAAACCCAAAUCCAAAGUUCUGUCAUCUUUUAUUCUGUUUCUGUCAGAAUUCCAAUGAAAGAAGCAUCUUCAAAAAUCAUGCAGAUUUCUAAGCAUACAUUACUGAUUUGGUCUUUAAAUCGAAACAAGAGAACUUAUUUUGUUAGUUUUUCAUUUAAUUAAUAAACCCCCCGGUAAAAAAAA